AAUAAAGACUGGACCUUCUCUCUUCCAAUCCAGACAAAAGGAGAGGACAGAUCCGCGGCGGCGCGCACUGACUCGAGCAUCCGAGCACCUUGGAGACGCCACCGGUUUGAUCCAAAGCGCAGCAACGCAACCGACGCACACGCCCUCCAGAUCUACCUGAAACCUCCCCCCCUCCAAGCCGGUUAAUUGUCCUGUCUAAAGGCCGAGACAGCAGUCUGAGCCCCGGUUCGAUUACAGCCAGAACACCGUGUUCCCAUGAUGUCAUACCUGUGGAUUCUGCUAUUAGGAAGCCUGCUGGCUGCAAGCGCCAAGGCACAAGAUGAUGCAGCCCCACCAGAGGAGGCAGCAGCUCCUGAGACCCCGGCCCCUGACACAGAAGUAGCACCAGAUGUCCAAGGAGAACCUAACGCUGAUGAGGAAGCUGUCCAUACACCCGAGGAAAUAACACCAACAGUGAGUGACUCCGAGGCCCCUGCUGACACUGAAGAAGGAGCUGAUGAUCCAGUGACUCCUGCAAAUGCGGACGCUGAAGAACCAACUCCCGCAGCCGAGGAUGCAGAAGCAGUGACUCCUGCAGCCGAGGAUGCAGAAGCAGCGACUCCUGCUGCAGCCGAGGACGCAGAAGCAGCGACUCCUGCAGCCGAGGACGCAGAAGCAGCGACUCCUGCGGCGGAGGACGCAGACGCUGCGACUCCUGCAGCCGAGGAUGCAGAAGCAGCGACUCCUGCGGCGGAGGACGCAGAUGCUGCGACUCCUGCACCCGAGGACGUAGAAGCAGCGACUCCUGCAGCCGAGGACACAGAAGAAUCAACUCCUGCAGCCGAAGACGUAGGAGCAGCGACUCCUGCAGCUGAGGACGCAGAAGCAGCAACUCCUGCAGCCGAAGACGUAGGAGCACCGACUCCUGACGCCGGGGAUGCAGAAACUCCUGCACCAGCAGAUACAGAGGCUGAAGCAGCUGUAACAACAGAAAAGCCUGCAGAUGUUCCAGAGGCUGAGCAACCAACAGCUAACGGAGAGGAGGAAGCUCUCUUACCCACUGAUGCAAAACCUGCUCAGGAGGAUGAAGUGACAGAUCCAACAGAAACAAAAGUGGAGGAAAUAAUAGUACCAGUGGUCAGAACAGGUGUGAAGGCCCCUGUCCAAACAGAGCCAGAGCCAGGGAAGGUGGAAAAUGAGGCACAUGUUGCUGGCGCCACAGGAGAGGCAGACAAAUCUGACGACCAAGGGAAAAGUUCCGGCUCUUUACCAGGCAUCUUGAGUGCAAUCGUUGUGUCUGUAGUGGGAGCAGUCUCUGGAUUCUACGCCUAUCAGAAGAAGAAGCUGUGCUUCAAAAACAGACAGGAAGCGGAUCCAGAAGCUGCACACAAAGCUGAUGCAGCAGAGGCUCAGUCAGAUCCCCAGGUCCUUAAUACCCUGUUGAACUCCUCCUAGACCAGCAAUGAUCACAUGACUGCCUGGACCAACUACAGGCAAGCAAAGUGGCAAUCUCACUGUUAGGCUCUAUUGUCUGUAGAGCUUUAUUACUGUGAGGCCCUGUGAGAGUAGGGCUGUGUGUUUUUUUCUGUCUGUUUGAAUACAUGUGUGUAUGUGUCGGUCUGUGUGAGCCUGUUUGUAUGUGUUUGUCUGUUUGUGUGAGUGUGCAUAUGUGAGUUCAUUCUUAUGGUGUGUGUUUGUGUAUGUGUGUGUAUGUGUGUGUGUGUGUGUGUGUGUGUGUGUGUGUGGGUGUGCAUAUAUCUAGGGGGAAAUGAGUUAAAUAAGAAAAAAGCAAAUAGAUAUAUGUGAACCAUAGGGCUUUUAUGAUUGUUACAAAAUAGGAAUUUAUUAAAAUGAUUGGUCAAACUUUGUACUUUAAACCAAAUCCAACAAACUUUUAUAAGAGAUUCAAUCUCAAAUUAAGUAUGACCAUGAGAUGGCUAAAUUAUAGAACCUUUUAUUAGUGUGAAUAUAAAUCAGUGAUAGAUAUUGAUGUUGUAGACGUUUAACUUUGUACUGAAUUAUUAAAAGUGGAUUUAUUUUUCGCUAAUUCUUUUAUUGUUUGAGCCACCCAUAUGAUUUGGAAAAUCCACUGGCACUUUUAAGUAAAACAUAUUUGUAUUUUUCAAUGUAAUUUUCUGCAGUGCAAAUGCAGGAUAGACGGACAACAGGGGGCUUCAAUAACUACCACUGUAUUUCCUGGAUUCUGGCUAGGAUAAAUAAUACAGGAUUAUAAUCCUAGGACUCUGGGGAUUCUGUUACAUGGUCCAGUGCGCGUUCAGUGGGCCACUAAUUUCACUGUAUGUGUGUAUGUGUGUGUGUGUGUGUGUGUGUGUGUGUGUGUGCGUGUGUUUGUGUCUUUUUUGAUUGGUGAAGGGGUUUAGUUUAAAAUCAAUUUUGGGUGACUACCACUUCUCCUCAGUCAGUUCAAUAAAAUGAUACAGAUUAAAAAAGAUAAGUCGCAUUUCCAAUUAAACAUAAAUUGAAUGCAAAUGAAACAAACUAUGUGAACAAAUAUAAUUUCCCCACUUAUUGAACAUUUAAAUAAUAUUUCAAUAUUUUGAAAUCUACUGAGGUGAGUUGAAGGGAAGUCUAGUUCAACCCUGUUUCUGUCAAUGGAUGAGUGUUCACCUGACACGGACGAAUUCAAAAUAAAAUAAAAAAAAUGUAGAAAUGUAUUAGACAAUGUUCUGAGGUAGUAUAUGUCAGUCUAGUUGUGAUGCAGUAAUUUCUCCUCUAUAGUGCCUUUGGCUGAUGCAGCCUGGCUUGACCAAUCUUCACACACACAGGGAAGAGAGCUGGCACAAUAAAAGUGAAAACAAGCAACAGUAGAUUAAUGUAUCAAAAUAUUAAGGGAUGUAUGAUCUUAAUUGAUAUGUAAAUCCCACGUUUGUCAUUGAAAAGCCUCCUACAUUAUUGUACAUUAUUGUAAUAUCUGCUGUAUAUGUUUUCACAUUGUUCCAGCUUGCUGUUUUAUUUCCAGUACUUGUUUUAAACUAAUAUUGCAUUUCCAAACUCUUUCCCAGCCUGUGUUAAUUUCAGCAGUAAAACUCUCCUCCCCUGUGUCUGUUAAGUUGAGCAAGCCAGUUGCUGUCACGGUGUUUUUGUAUCAUUUUUGUAUCAUCAUAUUUCCAUUCACCUGUGAUUUUUAUAUGAAUUUUACAUUUAGCAGUGGUGCCUCAGAGCUGACACAGAUAGUCUUUAGUCAACUAGUUUGCUGUGGUAUUUUGUGAUUAUUAUUGUGAAAUGCCUCAGAAGCACUGCUACAGCAAUACAAAUUAAAAAAAAAAAAAAAGCCCAAUAGUUUCUUUUUGCCGCUGUAGCACAAAAAAAAUAUUAACUUCUGAACGUCUUUUUGUUGCCUUGCAGUUUUGUACUUGCUCUGCUCCCUUUAAACUUUUAAAAAAGGGUUAUAGAGGUCGCAUAGUGCUGCAGUUCAUGUAAAACUGUGUUACUUGUAAAGCACCAUAUAGCUGCAAUACAGGACAGAGACUGUUGCUAACAGCCUAGCCUCAAGAUGAGAAAUAUUAAUAGUCUGUGAUGUCACUUAUUGAUUAAUCCUACUGUAUAAACUGUGGGCUGGACGCCGGGUCAAAACUCUGUUUGAGAUACUUAUUCUGUAACCUGUGAUUGAGUUUCUUAACGACCCACUCAACAAGUGGUGGUUUGUCUGAAAUCUCUUACUACAUCUACUACAAACGCAUGGAGGGAUGAUGCACAAAAUAUCUGUCAAACAAUAGUACAAGCUUUCACAUAUAGCCACCGAUGCCUUCAAUAGAGAACAUCCUCCUUUUAAUGCAGUACCCGCUCGCUUUGUGCACUCUAUAAUACUCGCUCGAUAAGUGCAAUAGGAAUUAAAACGCUCAUUUACAAACCUUACUGCAACUGAUUUGAUGUCAAUGGGACUUAAACAAUAAUAAAUCCCAAAAAAAUGGAACAAAGAUUGCUUGUGUUUUAAGCAUUGUGAUCCACUCUACAUUUAGUCCCAAGACAGUCAGAUUCCUUGUGAACACGAACCAGAAUGUAAAACAAGGAAAUUGUAGACUCAUUGGGUCCUGAAGUGCACUUCCCGGAUAAUGCUAAGGCAUCAAUCAUUGUGCUGACCAGUCCUGCCUUAUGUCGCCUCUUGAAUAUUACAGAGAGGAAAACAAAGAACAAUGUCAUCGUCAGAGAGAAGAUUGAAACAAGCAGAGAUGUUUUGCAGGUGAUUUUAAUAACACAAUCUCAGUGGGAGAAGCACUUUCCUAUCCUGUAUACAUCUUGAUUCAUUAAACAUUUAGACUAGUGACUCUUCCUUUUUAUUUAAAUAUUCCAUGUUUUUAUUUUUGUGUAGAAACUGUCUUCAGUUUUGUCAUCUGGCACUUGUGUUGUUCUUCUGGAAUUGUGUAAAUAAUGUUUGAGGAGUCAAUUAAACAGUUUUCGUGGG